GUUUUCAAUAGAGAUAGCAGAUAUCUAACUCUGAAACGACGAGGUUUUAGAAUCCCAUCUCUCUCUGGAAUUCUCUGCUCCAAAAUCGAACCCGACUCCCCCCCAUGUCUUCGUCUUCAAUCUCAGCCUCUCUCCGAUUAUUCACCACCAAAUUCCCAAACCCUCUCCUUUCCCAUAAAACCUUCAUAUCCCCAAAACCCCAUAGCCUCUCGUUCUUCAAAACCAUCUCUUUUCAAAAACUCCCCACCACCCCAUCAUCACCAUCAUUAUCCGCAGCAGCAGCAUCGGCAUCAAGCUCUCUGCCUCUGCAACCGAUAGAAGAGCUCCCACCAAAGCUCCAAGAAAUCGUCAAUCUCUUCCAGUCCGUGCAAGAGCCCAAAGCCAAGUACGAGCAACUCUUGUUCUAUGGGAAAAACCUCAAGCCGCUCGGAACCCAGUUCAAGACGAAGGAGAACAAGGUCGAGGGCUGUGUCUCGCAGGUCUGGGUCAGGGCCUACUUGGACUCGGACAAGAAUGUUGUCUUCGAGGCCGAUUCGGACUCGGUCCUCACCAAGGGACUCGCCGCUUUGCUCGUCAAUGGGCUCUCCGGUCGGCCCGUCGAGGAGAUUCUGCGGGUCUCGCCGGACUUCGCAAUGCUUCUUGGGCUUCAGCAGAGUCUCACACCUUCGAGGAAUAAUGGGUUCUUGAAUAUGUUAAGGCUGAUGCAGAAGAAGGCGCUUCAAUUGGCUGUGGAAGCCGAAAAGGGCAAGCUUUCGAUGUCAGAAAAAGUCGAUGGCGGUAUUGAAAGUGUCAACUUUGAAUCGAAUCCUGAUGUGGGUGUUGAAGAAAACCCGGUGGGGAUAUCGGAUUCGCUGUCCCAAAUGGAUGGCAGUGCUGAAAAUGGAAACUUUGGGUCGAAUUCUAAUGCUAGAGUUGAAGAAAGCCCGGUUCAGAGUUCGAAUUCGGAUUCUUUGGGGAGUAGGGGGGUGAGAAUUAAGGAGAAAUUGGAGAGGGAGCUUAGUCCUGUAGAAUUAGAAGUGGAAGAUAUCUCUUAUCAGCACGCGGGGCACGCAGGCGCUAGAGGAAGUGAUGGGGAGACGCAUUUCAACGUGAAAGUUGUGUCUAAGGAGUUUGAAGGGAAGAGUUUGGUUAAGAGGCAUAGGCUUGUUUAUGGUUUGUUGCAAGAGGAAUUGCAGAGUGGGUUACACGCAUUGUCGAUUGUGGCCAAGACACCAUCUGAAGUUUAAUGGAAGAUGAACAUGAAAGAGGUCUCCGGCUAUAUUUGCAAGCUGCUGAUUGAUAGUAUGGUGAAUUCCUUAAGUCAGAUAACUUGUUUAUCAAGGACCACCAACCUAAUAAAGAACAAUACUUUUAUAUGAAAUGAAACCACUGCCUACAUAUAUUGAAAGUGAGGACUAUGAAAACAUCUCCUGGGAUAAGAAUUUCAACUUUUUUGUUUGACUAGAAAAUUGUUCUAUACGUAUUAUAGAUUGAAUACCAAAAUUGCUUCUUAGAUUGAAUACCAAAAUUCAAGCAGAAGGGGGAGACUCCCACACACACACAACAAAAAAAAAAAAAACAGGGGGUAAGAAAGUAGACCAG